AUGCACUAUUGGAAGAAGAAGCACAACCAGGAAGGUACUUUGAUGACAGAGUCCGGGGAAGUCUGGCAGAAAGGCCGACAUGACCUGCAGAAGGACCUGUUCAAUCAUGCUGCUGCUAGCAGCUACUGCGAUCUCAUGACUACCGCGAGUGCUCAAGUCAUCGAAGCAGCGGAGCGCAAGGUGGCCGAAGGCGCCGGCGACUUCGAAACGAUGUUGAAGUCAUCCGUCGGCGACGUUUUCACCGCCGCUGUGCUCGGGCGGCCAUGCGGCUUUAGCUGGGACGGCUGCAGUCAAGAGGAGCUCGAGUGGGCACAGACUAGCGUGGAUGUGGUCAAGGGCUUCGCGCAUCUGAUCCAGCAGCCCUGGAUGCAGGUCUGGCCCGAGGCCUUCAAGACGUACAGGGAGUUCGAGGCCACCCAGAACAGAAGCUGCGAGCUAAGCCGGAAGAUGGUGAGAAUGGCCUUAGAGCGAUACGAGAACUUCGAUGGCCCGGAGGAGCAGAUACCUUGGGUCGUGCGCUUGCACAAGCGUGGCGUCUUCGAUGUCGAAGGAGCAAGAGCAUCAGCCAAGCGAUUGCUCCACUUUCGCCAUGGCCUGGGUGUCGUCGAGAUCGCGAGUUGUGCUGGCAAUUGGAAGUCAAUGACCUUCAUGGGCUUCUUCCUUGUGAAUGCCAUGGGACUUUUUGCAUGCUACACUUACGGGAGCCGGCUACCGUCUUUCAACGCGAUCCCCGUUCAAAGGCCCAACCACACUGAGAAGCCUCCUGUUCAACAGCUUCCGGCGUCCGGCACGCCGAAGCUUUCCUGCCGGGUUUUCGUGCGCGGAGAGCGGGUGCAGCUCCGGCGAACAGCUUGUCCAGGACUGCCCCCUGACGUCCCUUACGGCGAGACCUUGGUGUUUAAAGGAAGUUCGCAGCUCUCCUGGAUCUCAAGCAGCUGCACUAAGCCAUCAGCCAUCGUGGCAGAAGAUCUUGAGAUGGACCAGCCCGCUAACUCGAGCCGUUUUGAAGGCUGUGGUGCAGUCCUGGACCAGAUGCGGGGCGACCGGCGCUGGCAGCAUUACAAUCUUAUGGAUGCUGUGCAGAUGGUCUGUGGCAACAGGACGUGCUUACCCAUGCCCGACUGCAUGGACGAGGUUCACCAAAAUUUGGAGCGAUAUCCGCCUGACAGCUUGGUUGGGCGUGCGCGAGCUUUUUGCCCAACGGCUCCAGAGCUGUGGGGGCGUCGCUGGUUUAAAGCCUUCGAGACAGUGGUCCACAGCCUCAACCAGAGCAGACCCCAUGACACGCCACCAAAAGAUGCCUUGGUUAUCCACCUACGCUUGGGAGACGUACUUGAGGAGUCGGCUGCGUCGGUUGACGAAAUGCUUGCGAAUCCUGUGCCAUUCUAUUCUGGCGAGAACGAGCUUGAAACCUGGAAUGUUUAUGUCAGGCCUCUGUCAUCAUUCAACAAAUCCAUUCCUCGGGAUAUUGUGCGUCGGCGGCAUGUGGUGAUCGUAGCUUCGGCCGUCCAUGCAGGAAGGGAUACAAGCAUUCAACUUCCGCUUCAGCUGAAGUCGUGCCUGUACCUUCGAGCAGUUUCCGAGUAUUUGCGACUUUUGGGUGCCAAAGACGUGUCCUUUCGCCUCGGGAAUCCUCCGGAUGAGGAAGCUGGCGGCAUGAUCAUUGCUGGCUUGGACACCACUUACAACGUGCUGAUGUGGGCUAUGAUCAACCUGGCGCAGAAUCCAGAGGCACAGCAGAAGCUCCGCGAAGAGAUCUACGAGGUCUUGGGUCCAAGCGGCAACUUCACCAGGGAGAAGCUGUCCGCGAUGCCCUAUCUCAAAGCCGUCAUGAGAGAGUCUCAUCGACUAACUCCGGUCCUCGAAAGUAUCACCUUCCGCUACAUAGACAGCGACCUGGAUCUCUGCGGUUACAGCGUUCCCGCAGGCACCCGGAUUGACAUGGGCAGCGCCAUGCUUCAACGAGAUCCGAGGAUUGUCGACGAUCCCUGGGCCUUCCGGCCUGAGCGCUUUAUGGCCGAGGCCGUGCAAGCACGCAAGAGCGACCCGCUCAAAUCCCUGCUCGACCACAAGUUGAUCGAGAAGCCCUUCUCCUUCGGAGCCCGCAUGUGCCUUGGUGCACGGCUUGCUGAAAUGGAGAUGAUGAUCCUCAUCUCCCAGUUCAUUGCAAAGUUCCGAUUCGAAGCGGAGCCGGGACAGAUCCCACGUGUGCACGACACCUUCAUCGUGCCAGAGAAGAUGCCCGAGGUGCAGAUCAUCCGCGUUUGA